AUGGAUGCUAUGGAUGAAGUUGGGUCUGAUCAUGAUGAUGUAUUAAAUAGUGAGAAUGAAAUAGAACAAGGAUCAGUUUCUCAACAUAUUGGCGAUGAAGAAUAUCUUUCAAGUAAUAAUGAUUAUUUAGAUGAUAUGAUAGCAAAUGAUCUUUCUGCUCCUGAUAAUAUAAUAGAUAAUAAGACAUUAUCUAGUAAUUAUAUACCAUUACCAAUGCAUAAAGUUGCUAAAUUAAAAAGCAAAAUCUGGAAUUAUUUUGAUCCAUUUCAAGAUAAAAAUAAUCUUACAAAUACAGUUGGUCAUUGUACUGUUAAAAUAAUACACAACAAUAGACAAGCAAAAUGUAAUAAAAUUAUUGUUACAGGAGGUGGUUCUACUGAAAAUUUUUGGGAUCAUUUAGGUGCUAUUUAUAGAAUUACAAAAGAUAACAAUACAAAAUUUACUAAAUCAAAUCAACAAAAUAUUAAGUAUACAUUUCAAAAUCCUAUGCAACAAAAAUUACAAAAUCAAGCUUUAGUAGAAUUUAUUAUUGAAGAUGAUCAACCAUUAAAUAUAUUAGAAUCAAAAAAAUUUCAAAUAUUUAUAGCUUCUUUAGAUCCAAAUUAUAAAUUACCAACCAAUAAAUUU